CUCAAAGUCAAAGAUCAAGGAGAUGGCCUCCUCAGGAAUCUACAAGCUGGAUGAUGGGAAGCCUUACCUCAACAACUGCUUUCCAGCCAGAAAUCUGCUUCGUGUGCCGGAGGAAGGCCGAGGACACUGGUUAGUGGCUCGGAAAGGUAACAUCAAGAAGAAGCCCAAGGGUUUGGUUGGAGCACGGGCUGAACAUCAGGAAAGCCCGAAGGUGUCUUCUUUGGAGUUCAGGGGAAAGAAAGGGUCUCGGCGGGGAAAUCAGGUGGACCUUCCUGGACAUAUCCUGGACCAGGCUUUUCUGCUGAAGCACCACUGUGUGAGGAAGCCAUCAGAUCUGUGCACCAUUAAUGUGAGUGGCCUGAAGUUAUCCAAGGCUAAGGAAAAUGACUUCAAGCAUUUUCAUUCUGUGGUUUAUAUCAAUGCCUCAGAAAACCUGCUGCCUCUAGAGGCAUUUCACACGUUUCCAGCCCUAAAGGAACUGGAUCUUGCAUUUAAUGGCAUCAAAACAAUCUACGUGAAAUAUGGAGACUUUGAGUUACUGGAGUUCUUGGACCUUUCCUUCAACAGCCUGACUGCGGAGGCCAUCUGUGAUUUGGGGAUUCUGCCACACCUCCGUGUCCUGCUCCUCACAGGCAAUGGCCUCACCUCCCUGCCACCCAAUUUGGCCGUCGCAGAGCAGGAGGCAUCCGUAACAUCGCUGACAAGCAAGAGGUACAUCCUGAGGUUCCCAGCACUGGAGACACUGAUGCUGGAUGACAACAGACUCUCCAACCCCAGUUGCUUUGCCAGCCUUGCUGGGCUCAGGAGACUGAAAAAGUUAAGCCUGGAUGAAAACAGAAUUAUCCGGAUCCCAUACCUACAGCAAGUUCAGCUCUACGAUGAGUCAGGGGAUUGGACUGGAGGCAGGGAAAGUCCCCAGAAAGAGCCCCAAUUCAUGCUGCAGUCCAAGCCAUGGAUGCUUGAGGACUCAGAUGAGCAACUGGAUUACACUGUACUGCCCAUGAGAGAGGAUGUUGACCAGACAGAGGUUGUGUUCUCAUCUCAACCUGGAUUUUCAACCUCAGAGAAAACCAAGAUAUGUUCACUUCCUCCCAUAUUUGAGAUUCUUCCUGUGAAGUCACUGAAGGCCAGGAACCAGACGCUGGCCCCACCCUUCCCAGAGCUGAGAUACCUUAGCCUGGCCUACAACAAGAUUGCAAAGGAGGAUGCUGUCCUGCCAGUAGCUCUCUUCCCAUCUCUCUGCGAGUUUGUCUUUCAUAACAACCCUCUGGUGGCCCAUACACGAGGGGUCCCUCCACUGCUGAAGAGCUUCCUCCAGGAGCGACUGGGAAUCCACUUAAUUCGAAGGAAGACAGUAAAGUCUAAGCAUCAUAUUUUGAUGCCUCAGAAGGCUUCACGGAAGGUGAAAACCGAAAUCCUAAAGGUGCCGAAGCAGCCACUGGUGCUCCAUCACCCACACGUGGCCACAACCAAAUCUCCCUCAAUGGAUAUGCUAGAGCCAGAGGCAGAGCUGGCUGAAGAUCUGCCCACUACCAAAAGCACUUCUGUGGAUGCCGAGAUGCCCUCUGAGAGCUUGGAAGCCCUUUCCCUGUCUCGCCGGACCUUCGUGCCGCUGCCUCCCAUCUGCUCCGACUCCACUGUGCAUAGCGAAGAGACCCUGUCCCACCUGAGUGACACAGCUGUCCACCUCAGCCCAGAGCACCCAUCAGAUGAGGACUCCAAGAGCACAGAGUCUGUCUUCCUGACCCAGGUGAGUGAGCUGCCUUCCUCCAUCAUCAAUAGGGAUGAUUUAAAGGAGAAAGAUCAAAAGAGACCACCAACGGCACCCAGAGAGGUGAAAGGGACUCGGAGGAAGCUCUCAACUUCCUCUCUUCCCAGCAAGUACCGCGGCUAUGAAGAAUUGCUGACAGCCAAGCCUGAUCCAGCCUUCAUUGAGCCAAAGGGAAUCCAGAAGAAUGCACAGGCCCUGCAACACAUGCUGAAGCACCCACUCGUGUACCACUCCUCCAAGCCCAAGCUGGACACUCUUCAGAAAUCCUAUGUUCCCAAAGAAAAACGGGCCCAGAGGAUCCCGAUUCCACCGCCACGCAAGACUAGAGCCCAGCUGCUGGAUGAUAUCUUCAUUCGCCUGCGGGAUCCCCGGAACAUUACAGAGGCUCCACUAGGUGCUGUCCUGCGCCGUCGGACAGAGCAGCGGCUGGUGAACCAGAAGCAGUACCUGGAAGCCAAGAGGCUGCUGAAGGAGUUCCAGGCACGCUACCGGCGGCUGGUGCGUGGCUCUCUGCGGACAGUGUUGGGGACCACCCCGCUCCCUCCAGCCUGCCCACCACUGAGUGAGAGCCAGCCCAAGUUCGGCCGCUUCCUCAAGUUCAUGGAUGAGUUCUGCCAGGACCCCACAACCAGUGACUCACAAAGCUAGGGCUGUGCACCACCUGGCCUGUGCCCCAGCUCUCCGCAAGGGCUCUGUGCCCUACACUGCACCUCGAGGUUGACCAGCUGGCCACAGGCCUCAGCUCAGCUGAGCUCCACUCACUGGCCACAUACUGGCCUCUCUGUCAGGAUCUCCCUUCCUUGGGGCCAGGCAUGACCUGGUGCUUUGCCCAGUGGCAAUAAAGAGUGGGUGCACAGGG